UCUCCUGCAAGCACCCUUGGGUGCAGCAAAGGGAAGGUCUUUCCACCCUGGCUGUGGCUUCCCCUCCUAAUGCCUUAAUCCGCACCUGAUCCACAGUGCCCCUGGGGCUGGUCCCACUGACCUUGCAGGCACAGGGAGCUGGUGGGCACCUUGGGGCAAGAGCUGCCACCACCACCCACCAUGGCCUCCUUCUUCAUGGCUGCCCUGAAGAGCUUCCAGGGGGGCAAGGACGAGUCACCCAAGGGGGCCCCCAAGGAUGACAAGGCAGCUGCGCUGCCCAACGGCAUGGCCCGCGAGGAGUUUGAGGAGUACCAGCGGCAGCUGCUGGAAGAGAAGAUCGAGCGGGACAAGGCGUUUGCACAGAGGAAGGCAGAACGGGCCACGGUGCGGAUGCACCUUCGAGACAAGUACCACCUGGCUCAGGACGAGAGGGACGAUGCCCAGGUGCACGUGGCCGGAGGUGCGGUGGAGCUGCCGCAGGACCUGGCAGCGAUGGUGCACAGCGAGGAGGAGGAGGAGGAUGGCAGCGCCGGGCCCUUCGCCGUCCUGGCGAAGCUGAGGGAGGUGGAGCUGCCGGCGCUGCGGGACCGCGCGUUGGGCGGCGUGGACCAGGUGAAGGAGAAGUGUGUCCUGAUGUAG